AUGGAUGCUGCGGCCAUUGCGCGUGAUAUAUAUGCCCUCGCAUCCUCCAAUGAGCCUAUCGCGCCUCUCGUGAGCGAGGCGCUGAAGGUCAUAGACGACGCGCUCGACAGCUUCGGAUUGGAGAAACUGUCACUCAGUUUCAACGGAGGGAAAGACUGCACUGUCCUCCUACACCUUUACGCUGGUGCCCUCGCCCGGCGCAAUUCGUCUGUCAAUUUGCAGGCAGUCAGGUCACUCUACAUACCGCUCCCGUCACCCUUCCCCGCACUCGAAGACUUCAUCGAAGACGCCGCGCGUGCAUAUAGCUUAGAUAUCUUCCGAUGCGUUCCUCCCGCUGAGGGCGAAUUUCCUGUCCGGAGGGUUGUUCCGAGUGUGAAUGAAGGAGGACCGGUCCCUGAAUCACAGGGAGUGACAGGAAGCAAGGCCAAGGUGAAGGGAGGGGAGGGCAUGAAGAUGGCGUUACAGAUAUAUAAAGAACGAUUCCCAGUGAUUGAAGGUAUCUUGGUCGGAACGAGGAGAAAUGACCCACAUGGAGCUACGCUUACAUUCCGUGACCAGACUGAUUCUGACUGGCCACGGUUCCAGCGGAUACACCCAAUCAUCAACUGGAGCUACACAGACGUCUGGACAUUCCUUCGACGUCUUGACAUUCCUUAUUGCAAACUCUACGACGAAGGAUACACCUCCCUCGGGUCGACCUAUAACACUUUCCGCAAUCCCGCUUUACGUGUCCCCUCUUCGGAGCCUGCAUCCGCGAAUGGGAUCGCAAAAGCCUCUGGAUCCCUCCCUUCGAUAUCCGGCCUGACAAUCCUCUCCUCGGACCCGUGCACGACAUGUGUCGGCGAUUGCAACUGCGGGCCCUCUGCAUCCAGCGCACAUAAUAUACCAGAAGGGCUCACGCUGCUCGCCGCGGACGCCAGUAUGACAUGCACAGCUGACGACGUUGAUGCUCAAUCAUCUUGCGGUGUACCGAGUAACGGAAACCUGGAAAUGAUAAACGGCGGUCCCGCAUCUGCGCCGGCAGAAGCCGACGCGGUGCAGAUCCGUGCGAAGGGCAACAAUGUCGCAGGCCUCGUCUUACUCGCUGCGAAUGAUGGGGCAACAUGUUAUAUGGUUUCUGACGAGCGGGACAGUGCGGAGCAGUAUCGGCCUGCGUAUGAGCUAUUGGACGGCUCGUUUGAGCGUGCAGGGAGGGGUCAGCCGGUGUCGGUUUGA